AUCGCCUGCAUGACCACCUCGCGAUACAGUCGCAAUUAGGGUUAGCUGGGAAGCCAACGAGGGGAUCGCCUUCACUGAAUAGGACGGUAACCGGCGUGAAAAAACGACAGCUUUGAAGGAAAUUUGGAGCAGCUAUGGUGCCCGAGACAGAGUCCAUGGAUUUCAAAGUUGGGGAGCUCUUGAAAGACCUCCAGCUCGAUCCGUCGGCCUCCAAUGCCAUAGAUCGCGCCUUGUCUUCCAUUAUAGACUACAUAAACAACAUUCCCGUUCAGGAAGCGCGCGCAGAAUACGCCGCCGGGUUCCUCCGCGAUCUACGUGUGCCCUCCGAUAAGGUUAACUUCAUUUUCAAGAGCCCGGAAGCCAUCCGGAUCGCUGGCAGCUACUCUAUUGGAUGCGUUGCAAAGCCUGAUGUAAACGUCGACUUAUUAAUCCGUAUGCCCAAGGAGUGCUUCCAUGAGAAGGACUACUUGAACUACAGAUAUCAUGCUAAGAGGUGCAUUUAUCUGUGCGUGGUUGAGAAAAGUUUGAAGUCGUCUCCUCUGGUUCGGAAGAUUGAAUGGCGAACUUUCCGGAACGAGGCAAGGAAGCCUGUUAUUCAUUUGUAUCCAGUUAUAAAACAUGCGGAGCUCUCUGAGUUUUUCAUAAGGAUAAUACCUACUGCCUCUUCUGUGUUCGAUGGCUCAAGGUUGUCCAUUUCACGAAAUAAUGUUCGUGCAUUUAAUCAAAGUGACACUUCUAGAGCUACACCAUAUUACAACAGCAGCAUACUAGAGGACAUGUUUAUGGAAGAAAAUGCAGACUUUGUGAAGAACACUUUUAAUGGAUGGAACAGUUUGGGCGAUGCUUUGUUGUUGCUUAAA